AUGUCAUACCAACCAAAAGUAGUUGUUAUUGGAGCAGGGAUAGCAGGACUGUCUGCAGCCUGUAAGUUACAUGAAUCAGGGCAGGUGGAUGUGUGUGUCCUGGAGGCAAGUGAUCGACUGGGUGGGCGAAUACACACAGGCAAGGUUGGAAAUAACCCAGUUGAGUUUGGUGCUUCAUGGAUUCAUGGAACUGUGGGAAAUCCCAUCUUUGACCUCGCUUGUGACCUGAAAUACCUACAGAAAUCAGAUGUUGAUCAACAGAUAGCAUGGAUUAAUGAAGACAGUCGAGCUAAGCCAAAGCUAGAUCCUUCUCAGCUUAAACAGAGUAUUGAUGAUCAGAUUCUAACAGAGGUUUGGAAUGUAUUUGAAAAGUUGAUCACUGAGACAGAAGAUAUCACAAAAAUGAAAACAUUCUGCCAAGGCAUCACAAAGGAUAAAAGAACAGUAGGGAAUUACAUUACCCACGGUUUUCAAACUUAUCUAGACUCAUGUACCUCUGACACUGCUUUGAUCAAAAACAUAAAAUGCAACCUGUUUCUAUUUCUUGAAGAAAGGGAAUGCAAUUCAGUUGGUUGUAAUUCACUGAAUGACCUAAAUCUUGAGGACUUUGGAGAGUAUGUUUACCUGGAUGGUUCAGCUUAUUGUCCACUUCCUGAUGGUUAUGACAGAAUAACUGAGGCUUUAGCAGCACAAUUAAACAGUGGCUGUGUCCAUUUGAAUCAUGAGGUAACAAAAAUACACUGGGGGGCUUCAAGUGAACUUAAUGAUGAUGCUGAAAAAAGAAAUUAUCCAGUCAAAUUGCAUUGUGGUAAUGGUAAAACAUUUUGUGCUGACCAUGUGAUCAUAACUGUCUCCCUUGGUGUCCUGAAGGAAAAGCACACUACACUGUUUUGUCCUUCCUUGCCAUCUGACAAAACAGAUGCGAUUAAAAAUCUUGGAUUUGGAUGUGUAGGAAAGAUUUUUAUUGAAUUUGAAAAACCAUUUUGGCCAACAGAUGAGUACAGCCUUCAUCUUAUUGGGAACAAGAAGAAAAAUCCCAAGCAUGAAUCAACAAUAACAAUUUGUCCUUGGGCUCAUCAUCUUUAUUCAAUGUACACCACUCGUCCAGGGUCUAAUGUUUUGCAGGUUUGGUUCCAAGGCAAUGAAUCAUUAGAAAUUGAAAAGACCACACCUCAAGAACUUGAGAAGCAGUGUCUUGCAGCCAUCAAAGAAUGUACUUGUCUUGAAUCACUGCCACCCAUUGUGAAUGUUGAAAAAACCCAGUGGGGGACAAAUUCUUGGACAAGGGGAUCAUAUACAUAUCUAUCUAAAGCAGCUUGUGGGAGUGACUUUGAUACUCUGGCCUCACCCCUCCCUGGGGAGUCAUCUGGUUGUAAGGAAGCCUCUGCUUUACAACUUAUGUUUGCAGGAGAGGCAACACAUCGUCAGUUUUAUGGAACUGUUCAUGGAGCUUCUUUGACUGGAAUAAGGGAAGCUGAGAGGCUUUUGAACCACUUAAGGAAUUGA